AUGGCCAAAACACCUUCUUCUAUCUUGGCUACCCAAUUCAUAAUUCUCUCUCUUCUUUCUUCAUUUGCUAUAAUUUUGGUCCAAGGAGAAGAUCAGGGUUUUGUGAGAUCCUUGGACCCCAAGCUUUUGGGGCUCAAGAAAGAGAAGCUGAGCCACUUUAGGUUUUACUGGCAUGACAUUUACAGUGGUAAAAAUCCCAGUGCUGUAGGAGUUGUGAGAGCACCCACCAAUUCAUCAACCCUGUUUGGUUCAGUUAGCAUGAUUGAUGAUCCUCUGACUCAAGGCCCUGAGUUGAGCUCAAAAUUGUGGGGAAGGGCUCAAGGGUUCUAUGCAUCUGCCUCACAGCAAGAAGUAGGCCUUCUGAUGGCUAUGAAUUUUCAUUUCAUUGAAGGCAAAUACAAUGGAAGCACAGUAUCUGUGCUGGGAAGGAACCAAGUUUUCAACAAGGUGAGGGAGAUGCCUAUCAUUGGAGGCAGUGGGCUUUUCAGGUUUGCAAGGGGUUAUGUUGAAGCAAGAACUCACUCAUUCACUCCAAAUACUGGAGAUGCCAUAGUUGAGUAUAAUGUCUAUGUGCUGCAUUAUUGA